CAUCUGUAAAAGGAGAAUGAUGACAUCAUUUGCAUGGGGUUGAAGUGGGGGGUGGAAGUAACAAAGAGGCGCCUGCACGCUUACUGCCGGCGUUCAGUAGGCCCCUCCUGCCCAGGGCCAUGCACCCCUGAGUGGCGGCGUCUGGACCCCGGGCAGCCCCAGAGAACCGGAGCCAGAGAACGAAGACGGGGCCAGGACACCUGCUGGGGGCUUGGAUGCCCGGCUGCCUCUGAGGACAUCUUUGGAGCGAGGGUGGCUUUGGGGUGGGGGGUUGUGCUGCAGGGAAUCCAGCCAGGCCCCAAGAUGGACACUUCUGGGCACUUCCAUGACUCGGGGGUGGGGGACCUGGAUGAAGACCCCAAGGGUCCCUGCCCGUCGUCCGGGGAUGAGCAGCCGCCGCCGCCGCCGCCGCCCCCAGCAGCCCCCCAGCAGCCCCCGGGACCCCUGCUGCAGCCUCCGCAGCAGCCCCAGCAGCAGCCAGCGCGUCCCCUGUCUCUGCUCGCCCAGGUCCAGAGCCAGCCCGUCCAGCCCGGCCUGCCGCACUCCUCACCCACGACGCUCAGGGGCCCCCCUUCGGCCAACUCCACCGCUGCCCUCCGCCCCUCCUCCAGGCAAGGCAGCCAGUUCAAUCUCAAUGACCACUUGCUCGGCCACUCUCCAAGCUCCACAGCCACAAGUGGGCCCGCUGGCGGCGGCCGGCACCGGCAGGCCAGCCCCCUGGCGCACCGGCGGGACAGCAACCCCUUCACGGAGAUCGCCAUGAGCUCCUGCAAGUACAGCGGGGGGGUCAUGAAGCCCCUGAGCCGGCUGAGCGCCUCCCGGAGGAACCUCAUCGAGGCCGAGCCCGAAGGCCAGCCCCUCCAGCUCUUCAGCCCCAGCAACCCCCCCGAGAUCAUCAUCUCCUCCCGGGAGGACAACCAUACCCACCAGACCCUGCUCCACCCCCCCAACGCCACCCACAACCACCAGCACGCCGGCCCCGGCCCCGGCCCCGGCCCCGGCCCGGCCACCGCCGCCGGCAGCGCCACCUUCCCCAAAGCCAACAAACGGAAAAACCAAAACAUUGGCUAUAAGCUGGGACACAGGAGGGCCCUGUUCGAAAAGAGGAAGCGUCUCAGUGACUAUGCUCUGAUUUUUGGGAUGUUUGGAAUUGUUGUCAUGGUGAUAGAGACCGAGCUCUCUUGGGGUUUGUACUCAAAGGAUUCCAUGUUUUCGCUGGCCCUGAAAUGCCUUAUCAGCCUGUCUACCAUCAUCCUCUUGGGCUUGAUCGUCGCCUACCACACGCGAGAAGUCCAGCUCUUCGUGAUUGACAACGGCGCGGACGACUGGCGGAUAGCCAUGACCUGCGAGCGCGUCCUGCGCAUCAGCCUGGAGAUGCUGGUGUGCGCCAUCCACCCCGUUCCCGGCGAGUACAAGUUCUUCUGGACGGCGCGCCUGGCCUUCUCCUACACGCCGUCGCGGGCGGAGGCCGACGUGGACAUCAUCCUGUCCAUCCCCAUGUUCCUGCGCCUGUACCUGAUUGCCCGCGUCAUGCUGCUGCACAGCAAGCUGUUCACGGACGCCUCGUCCCGCAGCAUCGGGGCGCUCAACAAAAUCAACUUCAACACCCGCUUCGUCAUGAAGACCCUCAUGACCAUCUGCCCUGGCACCGUGCUGCUGGUGUUCAGCAUCUCGCUGUGGAUCAUCGCCGCCUGGACCGUGCGUGUCUGCGAAAGGUACCACGACCAGCAGGACGUGACCAGUAACUUCCUGGGUGCCAUGUGGCUCAUCUCCAUCACCUUCCUCUCCAUCGGUUACGGGGACAUGGUCCCACACACGUACUGUGGGAAGGGCGUCUGUCUCCUCACCGGCAUCAUGGGUGCGGGCUGCACUGCCCUCGUGGUGGCCGUGGUGGCCCGGAAGUUGGAGCUCACCAAGGCGGAGAAGCACGUGCACAACUUCAUGAUGGACACUCAGCUCACCAAACGGAUCAAGAACGCCGCGGCCAACGUCCUUCGAGAAACGUGGCUGAUCUACAAGCACACGAAGCUGCUGAAGAAGAUCGACCACGCCAAGGUCCGGAAGCACCAGAGGAAGUUCCUGCAAGCUAUCCACCAACUGAGGAGCGUCAAGAUGGAGCAGAGGAAGCUUAGCGACCAGGCCAACACCCUGGUGGACCUCUCCAAGAUGCAGAACGUCAUGUACGACCUGAUCACGGAGCUCAACGACCGCAGCGAAGACCUGGAGAAGCAGAUCGCCAGCCUGGAGUCCAAGCUGGAGCACCUGGCGGCCGGCUUCAGCUCCCUGCCCCUCCUCAUCGCCGACGCGCUCCGCCAGCAGCAGCAGCUCCUGUCUGCCCUCGCCGAGGCCCGGGUUGGCGCGGCGGGCACCCCGCACACGCCCCCGCCCUCCGACAGCCCCCUCGGGGUCAGCUCCGCCUCCUUCCCGACCCCGUACACGAGCUCCAGCAGCUGCUAAAUGAACGCCCGCUCCGGAAGCGGAACCCAUAGGUCUUAAGAUGCAAAUCGACUCUGUCCUGGUCACUGCGCCAUCAAGGAACAAUCAGACCAGGGAGCGCAAAGAAGAGAGACCAGCUAAUUAAGUAGCUCCCGUUCGUUCGGCGUGCUUGGUUGGAUACGCCUGGAAACCAGAAAUCUAAUCUCUGUUUAGGUGCCUCCACUUGGGAGCGGGAAGACGGGGGGACAGGAAGCGGUGGCGCAGAACAGAAAUCCACGCGCGAUCUCCGGUCUCGCGCGGGAGCGGGGGUGGGGGGCAGACAGGUGCACGGAAGGGGCCAACGGGGAAGGAGCCCAGACGAGGGUCCCCCGGGGGCGGUGUCAGGCUUGGGCGUGGGCUCCUCACCGGGUUCCUGGGCACACCCCUCUCCUUGCCUCUGGAUGACACUGGCCAAAACAGGCGCUGUCUCCUCUCAUGCCGGAGUCAUAAAACCCAAUUUAGACAAAAAAAAAAAAGUAAAAAGCCAGAUUUUCCAUCCAAUAUGAAUACCCAUAUAAACCUGUGUGUUUGCACAUCUGUGCAACGCACACACCCCACAUUCAACCCAGGUCUUUUCUCGUUUGAACUUGACCCACUAGAAAGGGACCCGGUACCUUACUGUGCACACAGUAGGCGCUCUGUAAUGCACGUGGAGUUGGCUUGAAUCUGAAUGUGGGUGCUUUCAGCUCAGGGGGUUUGCUAGUGUCGGGCAUAUUCUGAGCUUCCCUAAAGACGCAGGCUAGAGAGGGCACCUCACCCUGGGGGCGCACCCCGCUUGCUUGGCUAGAGACGAACGCCCAGCCAGACUUGUUGGCAUUCCGGAGGGAUGAGCAGUCUUCUAAAAACAACAGCCCCACAGAGUUUCCUCCGUGUAUCUGAGCCAGCCGUGUUCCCAUGGAGCACGUGAGGGGAGGGCACGGGGUCCCUGCACGUGGGCGCGCGCACACGCCAGCAGGUGCAGCCCAGUGACACCUGAGUGAGGACCAGCACGUCUGGGGCUUUGCUCGGCUGCGUCCACGCAGCUGCAGGGCUCCAGCCCCAGGUGUCAGGAGCGCAAAGGGGCCCAAGUCCCUACCUGGGGGCCCCACCGAGCUGGAAGAAGUGGAGGGGGGGCCCGUGGUCCCUUCUACCUGGACUGAGACCGCCUCAGGGCGAAAGGUUCGGAGAAGAACGGGGCCCUCAGGGAGCCCUGUGGGCCGGGACAGAUGACGCGGGCCUGUCAGCAGCCUGUUCCGCGCCAUGGUGGUCUUGGUGCCAAAACUACUCGAAUGUGUCUCAAACCCCAAGAAACUUGAGGAGCGUGAAGACCCAGUGUCGUGACGGGCGCUGGGAGGCGAGGCGCGUGGACGCGGUCCCUUACUACUCUGUGUCUGGCCACCACCCGUGUGCUGUGACGCAGCCGUCACGUGCCCCGUCACCGCUCCCGUCGUGAGGUCCUCGACUUGGGCUGCGGGGCGGCGAACGACACGGUUCGCGGUAUCCCGUCUGUUCAGGGAAGGGUGUCAUUUGCGAACGGUCGGCCUCCCUUUGCGCAGGACAUUGUCACGUCUCUGACGUCCCGACAUCAACUGGGCCAGGCCUUCUAGGGACAAGGGAGUCACUAGAUGGCAGGAGCGGGUGACCCUGGAACCGGGCGGGAUCGGGCGUCUUGCUGACCUUCCCCUUUUCUCUCUUUCUGUUGCUGCCGUUUUACCUAAACGGGCUCGUUCUCCGCGUGGUACCCGGAGAACACGUCCGUUGGCUGUUUUGCGUAUCACACCUGCCGCCCCUGCUGUUGGCUCUUUAUUUUGCUACUUGUCCUUUCAACUGUCAGUCAUCCGACAGAUCACCCUCCUUUUUCGUGUCCCAAGAAUGGUGCUCCUGUUCUCAGUGGCAGUGCAGCCGAGCAUAGAAACGGGUGUGGAGGCAGAUGAACUAACCAUGCGGUUUCUUUACGGCGUUAAUUCCACUCACAAGGUGGAGACCGCGUCCGCCACGCUGCGCGCUCCAGCCCCGGUCGCUGACCGACGGUCCCCGCCCGUUGCCUCCUGCUCGCCCUUUCCAUUCCGCUGUGACCCAUGACGCGUGUGCGCACGUUCACGCUCACAGGGGGUUAGUCUUAACUUCAAACAAAUGGCACGCAAGAUUCCACUGCCACCCCCCUGCGCAGACCGCCGUUGAGCCAUCGAGGUCUGCGGGUGAUUCUUCAACCCCUCACUAACGCGGUGCACCGAAAUGAACGCCAAAGACCAAGCUGGCGACACUGGUAAAGAGGGGCUGGAGUCCUCUCCGGAAGCGGAGGCCACCGCCCCCCGGAAACACAGGGGCGUCUGGGGCAGGACUUGAGCUCACGGCAGUGCAGUAGCCGUGUGGAGUUUUCUUCCUUGGCACCGUGCCCAGUCUCCAAAAACGAUCCAGUCUUUGCCAAUCUUGUGACCGUGAACGGGAGGGCACAUCCCUGACGGAGCCCCUCAGCUUCGUGUGGGGAAGGUAUCCGCUCUCCUGCGAGUGCAAUCGACCUUGAUGACCUCAGUAUUGAUCAUCCAAAGUGUUGUUCCCCCCCCCCCCCCGCCGGUUUCCUCCCCGUAGCCUGCCUUGUGGCCAAUCCCGCUGUGCCUCAGCGUCACAGACAGAUGGGACCAGGUAGCGGGUGAUCGCUGUGCCUUCUCGUUCCCUCGUUCCGAGUCUGGUGGCAGUGGAGAUUUAAUUGUCUGCUGGAGGAUCAGCUGUGUGAACUAACGUAAAACUCUCACUCACAAUGACCUCACCCGAAUGCUGAACUGAGUUCUGCCCACUCGCGGAAGGCCGACCCAAUGGCAGAGCCCUCCUAUACCUUUUCUGAUAACUCAGUGCCAGAUAAAAUACCUACGAGUCCCUAAAAUAUCCAGACACUUGAAUUAAAACUCCAGAGCCACCCCCCCCAUCACUUAAGCCAUAUUGUAGCCUCAUGUGCUAUAAGGUCAGGGACGGACUGUGAUUCUCUAAGACCGCUGGUCUCUGUGGAAUUCCGGGACGUGGCGUCAGUGGGCAAAUUCUACCAGACUCGGGGCUCGCUCCUCCUCAGACUGAAGUCCCAAUAAAAAUCUGCCCCUUUGGGAUCGGAGGCCACGACCUCAGCAAAUUGUCACAAAGCGUCUGAACUGCUCUUCCUGUCCUCGCGACGUGCAACGUCAUGACGUGAUAUCUCUGAAAAUGCUUAACGCCACUCGAGGGAACGAGGGCGGUGAGGCCCUGGGUCGUGGCUACCUUCCACCCUCAGCGGGUGCCGGGCGCGUAGCGGCGACUUCAUAAAUUAGGAGGCACAGAGGACGCCCGCGCCAGCCAGUCUCGAGUGAGUCCGGACAGCUGCCGCUUAAAGGCCAAGAAGGAACAGCGUUGAAGAAAUAAUGAUUCUGAUACAUUUGAGGAAUCCCCCCUCAGAGUUCCAGUGAUCUCCAUGUGGAUGAAGGAGAGGAACAGGAAGAAAGCUAGAGAUACAGGAUCGGAGUAAUUAAGUUCCAAUGCUGGACCCAUGCCUUUGGCCAACUAAUGUCACCACCUCACACCUCGGUUUCUCUGUGCUUAAAGGGAAGUCGAUACGUAGCUCCCCUAAGUACAAAGUACUGCGUAGGUUUUACGACAGCAGCAGCCACACCGGGUCCCGUCGAGCCCACGCUUGGGAGUUGCGUGCGACUGUGCGCGAGAGUCACUAGAAAGCAAUGAGGACACCUCACCUGGGAAGGGAAAUUAGCGGGAGGGACCCGGGACUGGCACACGGGCCCCGGCUCCUCCCCCACCCAGGACCAGUGUUUCACCCCAGACCGCAGGCGUCGCAGCCGAGAUUCUGGGAAGUCCUUGCACCACCAGUACGUUACUGCUUUAAAUCCCGGCGUGCGUCCCCACUCCCCGGCACUCCUCCCGCUUCCCCAACAGUGGCUCCGAAGCGGAGUCAGGCUGGCCGGUGGCCAUGAUGCCGCCCCAGGAACUCGACGACGCUGCCCCCGCACCUCACGCGGGCGUCAGGUGGCCUCCAGCGUGGCGACCGGCGCAGUGAUGCCCUAGACAUCGUCCCUUCCUUCUCUGCUGCCACCAAAGGAAACCCCGAGUGAGAUUGGGGCCAUUGAUGGCGCCAGGCGAGGGUGUCCCAGGGGCCCGGCUGGACCACCAGCCCCCGGCCGGCUAGUAGAGGCGAGUGCACUUCGCCUGGGCCGCACGGGUGGAAGUUAACGUUAAGUUCCCGUCAGACAGGUGACACGUAGGGUUUUUGCCGAGAUAGGUGGAAACGGCACUCAGCGCAGGGGAGUGUGAGCGCAGGGGAGUGUGAGCACACACAGAGAGGAGAGGAGCUGUGACUAUCCCUGGAAACGCCCCGCAUGGGCUGGAGUUCCUUCUGAACAAAACCGUCAUCGAAGCUCCAACGUCUGACCUUCACGCCCAGGUGCCAAGUGUCGAGUGACGGUUGUUUACGUGCCUGAGAAGCGCAUUCUGGAAGCCGCCUCUUGGGCCGGACCGUGUGUUGAAACUAAAAAAGUGUCGUGACCAAUCAAGCUGAUGGAGGAAAAGCACAAAAUUUAACACCAACCCGUAGUUAGGAUCCCAAAGAAAUGCUGAAUUUAUAGCCAAAAAAAAAAAAAAAAUCAGUGACAAAUCCAGUAUGACUGUGACGGGAGCAGCCGUGUUCCCAGAGGAAGGACAGCCUCCGGCCGUGUCGAACAGUCCCAGCCAGGACCCAGCCACCUUCGUCAGAGGUUUUAAUGGCGCCACUACUCACUCCGGUCCCAGACUCCGCGUCGUGCACCAAACAGAAGAGGAGACGAGAGAGCGGCAGGAUUUAGCGGAGGGAACACGUUCGUGGCCGACUUGGAAAGUGGAGUGUUUGUAUUCAGAACCACGUGACCUUCAGUAUGAAUUUGCAUCUUGCCUCUGUACUGCUGGCUAUUUUUUAACGAUAGGAGAAAGCAUAAGUUUAUUUUAAAUAUGAAAUAUAUUGCUAUAUUAUAAAAUAUAUUGUAACUUUCAAUUCA